GAAAUUUUUAUUAUUAUUACUUAGCCAAUCGAAACAUGAACAUUUACGUGUUAUUAGUUACUUUCUUCGUUGGAGGAUUUGCCUAUCCAGACAGGCUUUUCAGGGAAAUAUCUCCGGGCGUUUACCAAGCUGAACAGAUUUCUUCACCCUUACCUGACCUAGAACUAGCAGUUAAAGAUAACGACGUAAAAAUUUACUUCAAUGACCAGAAAAUUUACUUCAAUUCCCAAAAACCGGUACUUUUGAACUUGUCAAAUUCUCAAGAAGUAUUGAACAAAGGAUACGAUGACCGAAAGGACACAGUUUUCGUGAUUCACGGAUGGCACAACGAAUACGAUUCGCCCAUGUGCUCCACCGUGUCGCACGCCAUACUGAACUCCAAAGACGUUAACGUGUUCAUCGUCGAUUGGAGCAAAAUCGCCAAACAGAACUACUUCACCGCCCGCUAUUCGGUAGCCGGGGUGGCCAAAAUCGUCGGUAGACUGAUCGACGAUCUGAUCGAAAGCAACGCCCUGCAACUGAACAGGACUUUCUUCGUCGGGCACUCCCUGGGCGCCCACGUCGCCGGAAUAUGCGGGGCUGUGCUCAAAGGGAAAGUCAACCAUAUCGUGGGUUUGGACCCGGCUUUACCGCUCUUCCCGUGGGACGAAGUGGAUGGUCGUCUUGACCCAACCGACGCCCAAUUUGUCCAAGUCAUUCACACCUGCUCGGGAAUAUUGGGAUACAACAGGGAUCUCGGCCACGUGGAUUACUGGCCUAAUGGCGGUAGCGAUCAACCGGGUUGCGGAGGUUUAUUGGACAUUGGAGGCGCUUGUUCGCAUUCAAGGUCGUACAAAUACUUUGCCGAAUCCGUAAUGAGCGAUGGAUUUCUAUCUCAUAAAUGUGAUAAUUACGAAGACUACGAAAAUGGAAAGUGCGAUAAGGAACCCACGUCACCAAUGGGUGAAUACUCACCAGAUUACAGGGCCACUGGUAGGUACUUCUUGCAAACCCACAGCGAAUCACCGUUUUCCCAAAACUAAUGUUAACUGAACAAAAAUAAAAAUAGAUAGCUUGUUUAA